CUUCCUUCCUUCCUUCCUUCCUUCCUUCCUUCCUUCCUUCCUUCCUUCUCCCCCAUCACUUUCUUUGCUCUGUGAACCCUUCUUUCUCUAUGCAGCUGGACCAGACCAAAAGACGUCACAGUUUGAAACUCUGGGUGAUUGACAUGGUAUGUCUUACCAAUAUCAACUUACUGGCGAUUGCAACGACAGACCAGGAUAUUGAGUUCUUUGACAUUGGUGGCAAUAAAUGUGACCGGCUUUUCACUCUCGUCGACUUGGAAGGAUGCGCCACCGCUAUGGACUACUGGACAGAUGGGCGCAAAGCGAUAUUCUCCGUUGGAGACGUGAAAGGGAACGUCCUGAUCUUCACCUCAUCGGAUGUCGUGGUGAACGGGCUUUUCAAUAUCCGCGGCUACAUCGGUGGCUUGUCUAGAGUCCCCGUGCACAUCCUCCUGAAAAACAAGGCUGAACAGUACAGGAAUUUCCAUGUCCCUGCUUUGCACGGAGACUGGUGCCAGCAGAUCAUGUACAUCCCACAGCUCAACCUGGUCGCCUCCUGCACGCCCGCCGACAAGUCUGCCAUGGCCCUCACCUCUCUCCCACUGCAUAACAUUGGUAAAACCCAAUCAGCGGUGAUCGUUCUGAAGAAAGGCAUCCUUUGCUUUGACUAUUCCUCCAAAAUGAACAUCCUCGUGACGGGAGGCUACGAGCCCCUGAUCCGCAUCUGGAACCCCUAUGUAACCAGCAGCCCCAUCACGCAGAUGAAGGGCCACUCCACGGCUGUCACCCACAUCAUGAUCAACGGGCAGAGGAACACCAUCGUCAGCAUCUCCAAAGACAAGAACAUCCGAGUCUGGGAUCUGCUGGAUCACUUCUGCCUGCAGUCGAUCCACGGCAGGAACGUCCCCCUGGGCAACUAUCCCAUCUCGGCCACCUACUACCACCGGCCGUGCAAUUACCUCAUUUGCGCCACUUACACGCUUGGCUUGUUCUACGGCGUGGAAUACGUCGACUUGGACGCCAAGACCCAGGACCAGCCGGUGUGCUGCGCGCUCUACAACAAGAACUUCAAGCAGGCGGUCAGCGGCUGCUACAGCGGGGUCAUCACCGUUUGGGAUAUCACGACCGGGCAGAAAGUGAUGGAGUUUUCCACCUCAUCCGGGCAGCCGGUGGAAAUCACGGCGAUGACCUUUGAUACCCCUGAGAGGCGGCUGAUCACAGCCCUGAAAAAUGGGACCAUCAAACUGUAACUUCAACAACGGCGCCUGCCUGAUAGAGCUGCCUUUUGA